AUGGUUCUCUCAUUCAUUCUUGUGCAGAAUCGCCAGGGGAAGACGCGGCUCGCGAAAUGGUAUGCGCCGUAUAGCGAUGAAGAAAAAGUCAAGCUAAAGGGCGAGGUACAUCGCCUGGUCGCCCCGCGAGAUCAGAAAUACCAGUCCAAUUUCGUCGAAUUCAAGCGGAGUACCAAGGUUGUCUACCGGAGAUAUGCGGGGUUGUUCUUCUGCGCCUGCGUCGACGCAACCGACAACGAACUAGCCUACCUCGAGGCGAUCCACUUCUUCGUCGAGGUGUUGGAUCAGUUCUUUGGAAACGUUUGUGAGCUGGACUUGGUGUUCAAUUUCUACAAAGUAUACGCUAUUCUGGACGAGGUGUUCCUUGCAGGAGAGAUCGAAGAAACAAGCAAGCAGGUCGUGUUGACGAGGUUGGAACACUUGGAUAAGCUGGAAUGA